UAUAUAAGAAGGAAGUGAUGGCAAUGGUAUCUGAAACACAGGCAGCAGCAGUUGUUGCAGUUUUAGGUAUAACUAGAAGCAGCAGCAGUAGUAGUUGUUGUAAACUGUAGUAGUCCAUAAUAAUAGCUGAAGCAUCUCAGUCAUUUACUGCCAUCUGUUGGAGAUAUAGGCUACAUGCAAUAAUAUUAUCUAUCAGCUUCAGCCAGUAACCAUGCAGACCAAGACAUGACAUGUAGCAACAGGCAUGUUCAUAUCUCAUAUUAAUGGUAUAUUUCAGCAGGAGGUUUUGGUAGCUGUGCUAAAACAUUUGUUAAAACAGGAAAUGGUGAUUUUUCUCUGCUCAGGCCACAUGAGUCUAGUUCUAUAUUAAAAACUGCUGUACUGUCUUGACAGACCUGAGCUCCAAGAGCCCAAAGUCAGUUUCAGAUUUGUGGAAACUUUGCUGUAGGUUAAAACAGGGGGGAAAACAACCUGUAUGAAGCCAACUUCAACCUCCAAAUGUCUCCUAGAACUGGGAGUAACCAUAGACUGGAAUAAGUGACAAGGGCGCGAGGGUCGUCGCGUUGCCAUGGCAACUUGGAGCAAAGCUAGCUUUGAGACGUUAGAAGAUCUUCCGCUGUUACAUGUCGAUAGCGAAAUAUAUAGAGUUUGCUAAUAAAAGACACAGACGCGUUUUCUCUAACGGUACUGUAGGGAGGACAUACAGAACACAAACAUGUGGACCCCUGGGGAAAAAAUGAAGAAAACUAGUUCAUCUUCUCGAGCAAUGAAUAAUUCAGGAAUUCACCCAGUCAGUCAAAGUUCAAUACACAGGAGCUGCACAGGUUCACAAACCCAAAUAAGUCCCAUCCUGGUCGGUGGCAGCAACAGCAAACUUAGGAGAGCCAAUCAAGCUCCCAGAGUAGUUCGGGUGUUGGAUGAAACCGGCAAUAACGUCGCUCCUCUGUCCCUGUAUCACGCAGAGCCAGGAGACACGCAGUCCAAACCAGACAGAUUAUUUCUGGAUGAAAUGUUUUCCAGCUCAGGAUCAGACUACUUGAAAUCCACUGCAAGCUUCAAUGUGCCCUCUACCAGCUCAUUUAUGGGGAGCAGUCGACCAUCCAGCCUGUCUAAAGCGUCACUGACUAAGGAGACUGAGGACGGUGUUCCUAAACUGGACACACCAAUAAACCCCCCAGCUCUAUGCGAGGUACCUAGGAAACGAGACACUGUGAAACAACAUGUGACAGAAGAGAUGUUGAAUGAGGUAGUAGAUAUCUGCCUCUCUGAGACAGAUACCAUUUCACUGCUGGACAUACCCAGCACCUUUGUGUCAAAGGAUGCUGAUGAUGCACAAGCUAUUAAAGAGAAAAACAUUCACUAUGCUGAACUUUGCAAGAACAUAAUGGGCAAUGAUAAGUAUGUGGUACGAUCAAUGCAGACAUUCGAUGGAGCACCUAAAAACAAACAGAGCCAGAGUGACGCGAUUGUCAUGGUGGAUAAAGAUACGAAUGCUACUCUCUGGGACAUCUAUGACUCUUUCUGUGACCAAAAUGAAACCCCUAAAAGUGAGAAGGCUGACAAUCCAGAGAGUAUUGUGAACAUCAGCAAAGGUCAAGAGAAGAAAGGAGAGAAGAGCAGCAGCAGCACAGUCAGCACAGACAGUACCAUUAGCUCACUGUUAGAAGUGGAAAUAUGUGGGAACAGUUCAAAGGCUGAGCCCAACCCACAGCUGAUUAUGUUGUCAGAGUCAUUCCAACAAAGCUUAUUAGUAAUGGAGAGAAGCAUCGUUGCAAACAUCUUUCAACCCAAGCUGGCUGCUUAUAGACAGCUGCCCAUACUUGAAGACCCUGACACCAUGGUGAAGCCUGGGACUGAGGAACAGAGUGAUGAGGGUGAGGAGAGCUCUUCAUCUCCAACUCUGGAACGCCUCUGGGAUUUCAGUUGCGAGCUCACCAGACGAUGCAGCAUUACCAGCAUGGCCUGGAACAAGGAGAACCCGGAUCUCCUGGCCGUGGGCUACAGUGACUAUGACUCCAGGAACCAGAAACCAGGUUUGAUCUGCUGCUGGUCCCUCAAAAACCCUACGUGGCCGGAGCUUUACUUCCACUGUCACAGUUGUGUGACAUCCCUUGAUUUCUCAGCCAACAACCCUGGCCAGCUGGCUGUGGGGCUGUACGAUGGCACUAUAGCCAUCUACAAUGUCCAGAGUCGAAACAACAAGGCAUGUAUUGCCAACAGCAGUGAGUGUUCCAAAAAGCACCUGCAUCCAGUGUGGCAGGUCAGCUGGACCAAACAAGAGAUGAGAUUAUCAGGGGAGGAGAGGGUGGAAGCUCUCGUCUCUGUGUCGGCAGAUGGCAGGAUUACCAAGUGGCGCCUCUGCAGCAAUGGUCUUGACUGCAUAGACCUGAUGAAGCUAAAGAGGAGUCAGAAUUGUAAGAAGAAGGCUGCAGGAAACAAGAAGACGACAGAAAGUGUUCUGUCAGCAAUGAGUCCUGGUCUUUGUGUUGACUUCCAUCCAAUAGACUCCAGUAUCUAUCUGACUGGUACAUGGGAGGGCCUCGUCCACAAGUGCUCCGUCUCCAACAGUCAGCAUUUUCUGGACACUUACCAAAAGCACUUUUGCCCUGUGAACCACGUUGAGUGGUCUCCAUUUUGUUCUGAUGUGUUCCUGAGCUGCUCCUCUGACUGGACCAUCCAGCUGUGGAAGCAGGACCGCUUAACACCUGUGUUGAGCUUCACAUCCACCCAGAGGGCCGUGUAUGCCGUCAGGUGGUCCCCAAACUGGUCCACAAUAUUUGCAGCCAUUAAUGGACGACAGGUGGAGAUCUGGGAUCUGAAUUCAAGCAUCCUGAACCCAACCAUUGUGCACCAUGCUGUUCCUGGUGUGGACGUGACGUUCCUGCUGUUUGCCAGAGGGACAGACUGUGUCCUGGUAGGGGAUAGUGAUGGACGAGUAACUGUCUACCAGCUCAAGAACCUCAGUGUGGGUGAAGGCAAGCAGGUGGACAGUUUGGAAGACAUCAUUCACUCUGCAGUUUCCAGGAAGCUUUAGACUUGAAAAACUGCAAUGUAAAAGUUUAAAUCCAUUUGUCAUAUUAAAAAUAUCAAACAGUA